ACUUUCACUUCUCCUCCAAGUCAGGCGGGUGCCGGCUGUGGGACGGCUCUCCUCGCCCUGUUUUGUUAGUCUGGGAGCAGUGAUUCCAACCCCGCCCUUCCCGCAGGGCGGGCAGGGGAGGAGACAGACAGACAAUGGCUUUUACCUGUCCCGGAGCGGGAGGAGGAGCCGCCACAGGAGAAGGGAGGAACAAAGUCAACUCCGAGUUUACACGGGACCGGCGCCGCGGGUAGCGCGAGAAAGCGAGGCGCAGCGGGCUGCCGCUGGAGCCAAGGACUCUCCGGCAAUCCAGCCAGGUCCCCCUUUGCCUGGGGGAGGAUUGCAAGGAGCCGGGGCGGCCCGAGCUCUCUGCCCGGGGCCGGUGCUGCGUUGGCCGGGAGGGGAGAAGGAAACAACGGCAACUUCUGUUUCCCCGCCGAGCUGCUAGAGACUUUUUCUGGGCUGGCAGCUCGCGGCGAUCCUGGUGCGCCCCCGGCUCCCCUUCGUGUGGGGGCGGCUCUGAGCCCGGCCAGGGGAGAAGCGGCGGCGCUUUCUCUGCCCCCAGCCCAGUUGGUGACUUUGGGGCGGGGGGCGCUACUGCAGGGAGCCGUCUCUCUCCUGGACCACACGCGGUCGGUGGCUGGGUGGGUGGAUCCCCGGAAGGGAAGAAGCGGCGACGCUUUCUCUGCCGCCCGCUCCCCGUUGUUGGUGCCUUGGUUUUUGGCGGGGAGCGGGUGCGUUCCCCGGCACCUCCUGCGCCUUCCUCCCUAUGGCCAGCUGCCCUCAUGGCUCUGAGCAAGGGGCUGCGGCUGCUCUGGAAGCAGGAGCCGGCUCCGAGCGCCCUGCUCGAGGCGCGCAGCCGCCACGACUGUCUGCUGCUGGAGGCCGGCACCGUGGCCACCCUCACUCCUGAAGAAAAGGAGGCAAUUAAAGGGCAAUAUGAAAAGCUCAUGGAUGCCUAUGGCUGCUUGGGAGAGCUCCGGCUAAAAUGUGGUAACACUCGGCUGCAUUUUCUGGUCCUGGUGACAGGCUGUACAUCGGUGGGAAAAAUCCUGGAUGCUGAAGUUUACAAAAUCACCGCAACAGAUUUCUGUCCCCUCCAGGAAGAAACCAAGGAAGAGGAUCGUGUUAAUGCCCUUAAGAAAAUCCUGAACUCUGGGAUGUUCUAUUUCUCCUGGCCAAAUGCAGGCUCAAACUUUGACCUGACAGUGCGGGCCCAGAAGCAGGGUGAUAACAACUAUGAAUCUGGUAACUCCUUCUUCUGGAACCAAUUGCUGCAUGUGCCCUUUAAACACAAUCAGGUGAACUGCUCCGACUGGCUGCUAAAAGUGAUCUGUGGCAUAGUGGACAUCCACACUCUCUAUGCCUCUCACAAGAAGGCGAAAGUCUGCCUCAUUUCCCGGAUCAGUUGCGAACGAGCUGGGGCCAGAUUUCACAUACGAGGGGUCAGUGAUGAUGGACACGUGUCUAAUUUUGUUGAGACAGAGCAGACAAUUUAUUUGGACGAUGACAUCUCUUCCUUUGUUCAGAUCAGAGGCUCCGUUCCACUGUUUUGGGAGCAACCAGGGCUUCAGGUUGGUUCCCAUCAUCUGAGACUUAACAGAGGCCUGGAAGCGAAUGCCCCUGCUUUUGACAGGCAUAUGAUGCUUCUGAAAGAGCAAUAUGGAAAACAAGUGAUCGUUAACCUGUUGGGAAGCAGAGGAGGAGAGGAGGUGCUCAACAGAGCGUUCAAGAAAUUGCUGUGGGCCUCUUCCCAUGCUGCAGACACACCCAUGAUUAAUUUUGACUACCAUCAACUUGCAAAAGGUGGGAAAAUAGAGAAGCUGGAGAAUUUGUUGAGGCCUCAGUUAAAGUUGCACUGGGAUGAAUUUGGCAUCUUCACAAAGGGCAAGAAUGUACCUGCACGUCUGCAGACAGGUACCUUGCGAAUGAAUUGCCUGGACUGUCUGGAUCGUACGAAUAGCGUACAGUCCUUCAUUGCACUUGAGGUUCUGCACACUCAGUUAGAAAGCCUAGGGUUGAACUCGAAGUCUACAGUUGACCGCUUUGUGGAGUCCUACAAGGCAAUGUGGACUCUCAAUGGUCACAAUCUGAGUAGAGUGUUUACAGGCAGUCGUGCCCUGGAGGGGAAAGCCAAGGUAGGGAAGCUCAAGGAUGGAGCCCGCGCUGUGUCACGCACCAUUCAGUCAAAUUUCUUUGACAGUGUGAAGCAGGAAGCCAUCAAGUUGCUACUCAUGGGCGAUUUCUUCAGCGAGGAACAUGCAGACAAAGGAAGGAUGCUUAUGGACAACACUGCUCUGCUGGUGACUCCCAGUAUUUUGAAGGCCAUGUCAGAGCGUCAGUUUGAAUUCACGCACUUCAAGCGGAUUCGUGUUGCCAUGGGGACCUGGAAUGUAAAUGGAGGCAAACAAUUUAGAAGCAACAUCCUUGGCACCAGUGAGUUAACAGACUGGCUGCUGGAUUCUCCCAAGCUCUCUGGGGUUUCUGAAUUUCAGGACGAUGAGAGCUGCCCUCCUGACAUAUUUGCUGUGGGAUUUGAAGAGAUGGUGGAAUUAAAUGCAGGGAAUAUUGUAAAUACCAGUACAACUAAUAGGAAGAUGUGGGGGGAGCAGCUUCAGAAAGCGGUUUCCAGGACUCACCGGUACAUUCUGCUGACGUCAGCACAGCUUGUUGGUGUUUGUCUCUUCAUCUUUGUACGACCUUAUCACGUCCCCUUCAUCAGGGAGGUAGCAAUAGACACAGUGAAAACAGGGAUGGGAGGGAAAGCUGGGAAUAAAGGCGCAGUAGGCAUCCGUUUCCAGUUCCACAGCACCAGUUUUUGCUUCAUAUGCAGUCACUUGACAGCUGGUCAGUCUCAAGUGAAAGAGAGGAAUGAAGAUUAUAAAGAGAUUACACAGAAACUCAGCUUCCCAAUGGGAAGGAAUGUGUUCUCACAUGACUAUGUGUUCUGGUGUGGUGAUUUUAACUAUCGCAUCGAUCUGACAUAUGAAGAAGUCUUUUAUUUUCUUAAACGACAAGACUGGAAAAGACUCCUGGAAUUUGAUCAACUACAGCAGCAGAAAUCCAAUGGAAAAAUUUUUAAAGACUUUCAUGAAGGCACUAUUAAUUUUGGACCAACAUAUAAAUAUGACGUUGGCUCAGAGGCUUAUGAUACAAGUGAUAAGUGCAGAACCCCUGCUUGGACUGACCGAGUGCUUUGGUGGAGAAAGAAGCUUCCGUUUGAUAAAACAGCUGGAGAGAUCAAUCUCCUAGAUAGUGAUCUGAGUGCUGACACUAAAGUCAAACACACUUGGACUCCUGGUGCCCUGAUGUAUUAUGGAAGAGCAGAGCUGCAGGCAUCUGAUCACAGGCCCGUGUUAGCUAUUGUAGAAGUGGAAGUCCAGGAAGUUAACGUGGCUGCCCGCGAGAGCGUUUUCCAGGAAGUGUCAUCCUUCCAGGGACCAUUGGAUGCCACCGUAAUGGUAAAUCUCCAGUCACCAACCCCUGAAGAGACAAACGAAUUUCCCGAGGACUUGCGGACUGAGCUUAUGCAAAUAUUUGAGAAUUAUGGCACCAUUGUUCUUGUCAGGAUCAAUCGAGGUCAGAUGAUGGUAACAUUUGCAGACAGCAGGUCAGCUCUCAGUGUUCUGGAUAUGGAUGGUAUCAAGGUCAAGGGCAGAGCAGUGAAUAUCCGGCCUAAGACUAAGGAUUGGCUGAAGGGCUUUCAGGAGGAAAUUGCUCGAAAACGGGAGAGCAUUGCACCCAUGUCACCCACAGCAAACUCCUGUCUGUUGGAGGAAAACUUUGAUUUUUCAAGUUUGGACUAUGAAUCAGAAGGAGAUAUACUAGAUGAUGAGGAUGAUUAUUUGGAUGACAUGCUGCCUCAGCACCCAGUAGCAGAGAUGACAGAAGGCUUACCUGUGGGUCCUGAAUAUUUUACGGUUGCACCCACAGUAACUUCAAGCAAAUCUCCACUGCUUACUGGAGGAAAGCCACAUCCAUAUAAAGAUGAUGCUGACCUAGCUGAAUUAAAGCGGGAGCUGGAAGUAGGUGGGGGGCUUCGCCAUCGGUCUCCAAGCAGAUCUCUGUCUGUUCCUGACAGGCCUCGCCCGCCUCAGCCACCCCAGAGACCUCCCCCUCCAGCUGGAGUAUCUGUCAAAAAAUCUCCAUCCGAUGGUUCCAUCUCCUCAGGAGGCCACUCCCUGUGCUCCAUCCUGCAGACUGCAAAGCUUCUCCCAGGGGCGCCUCAGCAACCACCUAAAGCCCGGACUGGAAUAAGUAAGCCUUAUAACGUCAAGCAGAUCAAAACCACCACAGCUCAGGAAGCGGAGGAAGCUAUUAGAUGUCUGAUGGAAGCAAAAGGAGGAACACAAGAGGAUGCUCUGAAGCCUGCUCCAGUAAGAACCCAAACAUUCACUCAGCCUGACUCCUUUCCCAGCAUCACAAAGUCAGCAUCAUUUCAGGGGCCACAACCAGGACCAAUGCUCCUGCCCCAUCGCCCUCCACCCAAAGUUCCGACCGUAAAGAAGCCAGUGCCCCUGCAAAGAACUGGAGUCAAAUCAGAAAAUUCUCUGUGUCCGGAAGAGCAGCUUGACCAGCAGCCCGUCCGCUUUCACAUUGGAGUGUCCGAGUCCUGCCUUGAAACCAAAGCCAUUACCAGUCCCACUAGGAUCACCCCAGUUCCUAAGCCGAGAACAGCGCCACCUGGGAAAGCUCCGGAGAGAAGAAGCAGCAGCGACAGGCAGCCUCCCAGCCCAGGCACUUCAGAGGAAAGUGCGCUGCCUCUGCAGAACUCCUUUGCCCCAAAGGUUCCACCACGAAGGAAGAAGUCUGCUCCUGCUGCCCUUCACCAACAGGUGCUUCAGAACAAUAACAGUCUGCUUCUUAGUGGCUUAACAUUCAAUUUCAACAACAACAAUAGUCCUGAGUACAGCCCUCCAAUACAGGACUCUGACAUCCUCCCCCUUUCUCACAGAGACUCUGAUCUUUCAGCUCCCACAUCCACUGCCAGCCCAGACAACAGUGGCACUAAGCACUUGACACCAACUGCUUUGGACUUUAUUGCUGACCUUCAAGGCCCUCCUACCCCAGACAUCCAGCAGCCACAGCUGUUAGACACCAAUUCACUAACAGAGAGCACAAAUCUCUUGGACCUGGACACAGAUGUUUCCUUUCCUUUUUCCACACCAGCAACAACUAGCCCAACACACACUCGGAGAGAUUUGAAACUCCCCAGCCCAAAAGAGUUCAGUCACUGGGUUACAUUUAGUGAUGAUGAAGACAAUGGUACAUUAUCAGAGGGAGUCAGCAAACUGCUGGUCUUAGAGCAAAACAAAAAUACCUGGAUGGACACAAAUGCUAACUUAGAGUUGUGAGAUUUUUUUUCCCUACAGAAAUCUAAUUAUGAUACAAGAUAAAAAUCUGCUUUGAAUACAGAGUUGUACUAAGUCUGGCAAGGCCACAUUUUAUUUUUGUGUUUAAAAAAAUAGUAGUAUGAUCUGGGGGGGAAAUACAAGACGUCAGGCAAUACUGUACAACUUGCAAAAAAAUCUUUAGUCUAAAUUAUUUCCCUUUUUCUAAUCCAACUGAAAAGGAAAGUGACAGUUCAGGUACAAAGUAUUUUUUUAAAAGUCUGUAAUGAUGUAUGAAGACAACAAGAAAAAAGUUUAUAGGUAUAAUUUAUAUUUCAGAUAAUUUCUAACACUUAAAACAAAGACUUGUCUACAUGGUAAAAUUUACCAGCAGAACUACAGCAGUAUAAUUAUACUACUACACUAAUUCGGAGAGAAUAGUGUCCCCAGGGGGAAUUAUCUUGGAAUAACUUUAGCAAUAUAAUUACACCACUAUAAUUCUGAUGGUAAAUAUGCUGUAGACAAGUCCUAUGCUGCAUCUCUUUCAUGUGAUUUACAACUAGCUGCAGGUUCUGUACUCUCCUAGUAUUAGCCUGCUGGCUAAAUUCCUCAAUCCUUGGCCAUUAUUGUUAAGUAAGAGGGGUGGAGGAUGUUAUGGAUUAGGUGCUCUCUAUUUUGAUGAACAUGCUUGUUUUUAAUCUCAACCUUGCAAAUGCACACAGAUAUGAUGGGCUCCUUAUCAGCGUGUGUGAUACUAAUAAUGAUACACUUAUGAAAAUUAUUCUAGAAGCUUAUGUUUUCUUUCAAUGCCUCCUCUCCUCUACGUUCAGAUUUAACUGAUUCUGUUCAAUGCAACCUAAUGCUAAAUGACUUGCUAUCCAGUGAAAAGGCACAUGGACAAUGACUGUCUAUAACUUUGGAAGGGACUGUGCAAGCAACCUGCUAGUAAACAUUCCAAUGGUCUGUGAACUGUAUGUAUAGUCACUGAUAGACUCCUGUGGAAGUACACUAGAUGUUUGACCACUACGCCUACCUUUGCGCCCCUCUGUUUCUUUGCAAGGAAAUAACAUGUUCAUGCUUAGCUACUAAUGAAAUAAUAAAUGAGGAUGAGCAAAGGGCUGUCUGUAUGUUUACGUGAGUGCUACACUGGUCCGGCAGUAUUCAGCAUGAGCAAGAGUAGCAGAAUCUAGCCCUAGAGUGGAAAGGUGAUUUACUAAUUUCUACCCACUGAUGGUAAAGGUGUGUGCUGUCCCCUGGAGAGCGUACAGGUGCACCUUCCUUAUUCACCUGUGCUGAACACUUGUACUCAAUUUAGCAGGUGUAAGGCAAUUAAAGCACUAUCUGCCAUUUGGAAAUGAACCUUUAGCACCUACAUCAGGGACAGGCACAUCUGAGAAACUAUGUGAUAGCACCAUUUGUCAAGAAUUAUAUUCCAUUAAGAAAAUGGUAAAGGGAGACGGUUAACUUUUUAUUUAAGGGAACUACUAAAGGGGAAGUAAGAGGAAACCAGAAAAUAAGGCUAGGAGCAAACUUGGAAGUGGAAUGUUCUAUGCAGACUUGUCUCCUCAGAUAAUGUCAGAUUACUGAGGCAAUGAGUAGAAUUAAAGGACAUUGAGAUUUCAGUGGGAGGUGGAAGACAGGGGUAGCAAAAAUACCUUUAAGAAAACACUACUACUUAUAUGCAACUGUUUUGUAAAAGAAAGGCUGUAAAACUAACUAAUUCCAAGAGCAUGAAAGAGUUUUGUCAAACUAAAUACAGAAUUCGCCGUGGUCCUCUGCUUGUUAGGAUCAACUCUGAAGGAAAAUACUGAUAGGACAGUGAUGGGUGCUGUGUAACAGCACAGACCAGUAUCAGUGGGUUGCAGCUAUACCAACAGUGCAUCUGAGAUUAGGGUAACUAAAAUGUAUAGAAUAAGCUAAAGCUGAGUGUAAGUCUUUGCAAACACUUAGAAGGUUUAAUGCCUAAAGAUACAAUAUCAUGGUCCAUGUUUCAGAAAUAAUAGUCUGGGGAAAGUAUCUUGAACAGGGACCUUCCCUAGAUACUCUUCAAACAAAUACAACAAGGAGUCUGGUAGCACCUUA